AUGAGUUCUCGACAUGGAUAUAAUCUGUUUUAGCAACUCAUUGUAAAAUAUGGAGGACGAUUAGGGUUUCCGUAUCCCGAUGAACGAAACCAUUGAUCACUAUUCUGAACAAUGAAGAACAUAGAGAAAUACCGCAAAGAAGAUGCAGAUGCUUCGUCUCCAUUUAGUCGCUUACCAGACGAAAUCAUCCUCCAAAUCAUAAACAAAUUAAUCGAUUUGAAAACCCUUGGCUUUUGCUAUCUGGUUUCCAAGCGUUUCUCCUCGAUUGUACUUCAAGUGGAUGCCAUUUCUUUCACUGUUCCUUUCAUAGACCCUAACGUUCCCGAUAAGAACACCGUCGAUGACGUCGCUGCAAGUAGGCCGUUUCCGCCCAUGGUUUCUUCGUUUUUUGGUGUAUCUUUUCUAUCUGCCUAUACGUUUUUGAGCAAGUUUAAAGGAGUGAAGUCCUUGUGUAUCCAACUGGCAUCUUUCGGUCACAGAGCUAUUGAGAAUCGUUGUUUGUUCAAGUGGAAGGUUAAGUGCGGGAACAGAAUCGAAUCGUUUAUGUUUCUGUCGCCACAUUCAGUUUAUGAUAAGGAUGGAUUAUCUCUUAGUGGAAAUGGGGAUGGAGAAGAAGAAAACCUGGUAAAUCAUGGUAUGUUUAGGCGAAAUUUUGAAAUUUCGUUGCAGUGUCUGGAGGAUGUGAUUGCGUGGCAUAUUAUGUUGAUGGACAUCGUUAAGGAUCUCCCAAUGUUGGAAGAGGUAUCAAUUACUGAUUCAGGGAGAAGAGGGAGGCUUUCUUUAAGUGGGGAAAAGCUCAUUGAGGUGAAGGAAUGGGUAAACUCAGCUUCAAAAGCUGAGUUUAAUCGUGUAGAGGUUCCUACUGUCAUGAGUAAUGGUUACAUCCCCCUUUUGAAGUUGCCAGUUUCAGGGUAUGUGAUGAAGGGGAUAUAUUUUGGUGUAAUGAAGAUGAAAGAUCUUGAGGGUGGAAAUGAUGGUCUUAUGAAGAUUGAGGAUGCUUCUGAAGAUAAAGAAGAAGCUGCAUAUACUGAAGCUGUGAUGGAAAUUUUGGAGAAGCAUAUGGGCAUGACGCUUACUUUGGUUGAUGGUGUUUUAGUAUGAAUCAGGUACAGAUGCAAAGUUCAAUUAACAACUGACAAAGGACAAUAUGAGGUAGAUUGCUAUAUAUUAAUUGAUAGAAAGAACCAAUCUUUGAAACAACUUUUUGGUAUGUAAGUGAUGCAUAGAUAGCUCUAUUAAGUAACAUCUAUAUUUUAUAUAGAGAGAAAACUGUAAAAUUGGCCCUUGUGGUUUGUAGUUUUCUUUGGAUGGAUUUCAAAUAGCUUCCAACUUGCAAAACUUUUGGACAGGUUUCCAUUUAGCAUCCGUAUUUUAAUCUUAAUUUGUUAAGUUUGGUUAAA